AUGCUAUUAUCGGACGCGGGCUUUACCCACUUGUUCCUUAUAUUGUCCUGGAAUUUGAUGUGCCGUUCAAGUUCAACCGCGUCUGUUCGCAUUGCCCACUUUACGGACGAAGGAGACGCUCUGGGUGUCACAUUUUUCAAGUCCAAGACAGACCUAGGUGGGACAAAACGCCGGGACCCAAAGCAAUUGUACGCCAAUCCGAUGCAACCAGUCGUGCUGCAUUCUGGCUCUGGUCAUGUUCCUGGCUUGCAACUCCGAACACGACUCCGGGAAACUCUUUCCUGGACCCUCCCAGCGUGA